CCCACACCCCUGCCUCCCCUCCCCCAGGGCGCUGCGAGGCCAUGCGCAUGCUGCUGGCUGACCAGGGCCAGAGCUGGAAGGAGGAGGCGGUGACCAUGGAGACCUGGCUGCAGGGCCCACUCAAGGCCUCCUGUCUCUACGGGCAGCUCCCCAAGUUCCAGGAUGGAGACCUCACCCUGUACCAGUCCAAUGCCAUCCUGCGACACCUGGGCCGCUCCCUCGGGCUGUAUGGCAAGGACCAGCGGGAGGCAGCCUUGGUGGAUGUGGUGAAUGACGGCGUGGAGGAUCUCCGCUGCAAAUAUGUGACUCUCAUCUACACCAACUACGAGGCGGGCAAGGAGGACUAUGUGAAGGCACUGCCCGGGCACCUGAAGCCUUUUGAGACCCUGCUGUCCCAGAACCAGGGGGGCCAGGCCUUCAUUGUGGGCAGCCAGAUCUCCUUCGCCGACUACAACCUGCUGGACUUGCUGCUGAUUCACCAGGUCCUGGCCCCCAGCUGCCUGGACUCCUUCCCCCUGCUCUCGGCCUACGUGACCCGCCUGAGCGCCCGGCCCAAGCUCAAGGCCUUCCUGGCCUCCCCCGAGCAUGUGAACCGCCCCAUCAAUGGCAAUGGGAAACAAUGAGGGCAGCCCCCUGCCUAGGUGCUGCCUGCCUCCCUUUCCGCAGGACCAAUAAAAUUUCUGAGAGAG